AUGGACAAUUAUUUUGCUCCUCGUACAACUCCUGAUUCCCAGCCAAGUAUUAAAAGUGCAUUAGCAACAAAAGAAGCAAAACACAAUGUGAAAAUGUUGAUUGCUGAAUGGGCAAUUGUGAACUGUAUUCCAUUUAAAGCAUUUGAUUGCCCGUUAUUUCAAAAAGCUGUAGAUGGUAUUGCUUCAAUUGGCCUUGGGUUUAAAGCCCCUAGUGCUUAUGAUUUCAAAACUAAUUUGCUGAGUGAUUGGAGAAAAGAAUGUAAGUUACUUAUUGAUAGCCAUCGAGCUAAAUGGAAAAACAACGGCUGCACACUCAUGGCUGAUGGAUGGACUGAUAUCAGGCAACAUACUUUGAUAAAUUUCUUAGUGUAUUCUACUCACGGUAUGGUAUUUGUGAAGUCUGUUGAUGCAUCAGAUCUAGUCAAAGAUGCUAAAACUUUGUUUACACUAUUCUGUGAAGUUAUUGAGUGGAUUGGUCCUAAGAAUAUUGUUCAUGUAGUAACUGACAAUACAACCAACUAUGUAGCAUGUGGCAGGUUGAUUAAGGAAAAGUAUAAAAGUAUUUAUUGGUCACCUUGUGCUGCUCAUUGUUUGAAUCUUAUAUUGAAAGACUUUUCCAGCAUGUCUCAUGUGUCAGACCUCGCAUCAAAGGCAUCAAAGGUAACUAUCUUUGCAUAUAAUCAUAUGGUUUUCUUAUCAUGGCUGAGGAAAAGACCGAGUUGGAAAGAAAUUGUGCAUCCUAGUGCCACAAGAUUUGCUACGACAUUUAUUACAUUGCAUAGCAUAUAUAUGCAUAACAAUGACUUGCAGGCUCUAGUGGUUGAUAAGCACUUUGUGGACCAUAGAUUAUCGAAGACUGAAGCAGGAAAAAAUUUUAGUGCAAUCAUUUUAGAUAAUCAAUUUUGGAAUGAUUGUUAUCAAGUUGUGAAGAUUGUAUCUCCUCUCAUCAAAUUAUUGAGAAUUGUGGACUCAGAUGAGAAACCUUCAUUACCUUAUGUUUAUGAAGGAAUACAAAGGGCAAAAAUGGCAAUUAACGAGAUGUUUAAGAAGAAUAAGGAACUGUAUAAGCCUUACACAACAAUCAUUCAAACUCGAUGGGAUAGACAUCUGAAGACCAAUCUUCAUGCGGCAUCGUAUUUGUUGAAUCCUGCAAUUACAUAUGGUCCAGACUAUCCUAGCAAGUCAAAAUUGAUGAUGGCUUUAAUUGAUGUUGUGGAGUCUUACUUAGAUGAGGAUAUUGAUGGCUUCCUGGUAAUGAAACAAGCGACUACUUAUCGCGAAAGGAAGGAAUCUUUUACUAGACCCUCAUGUCAAAAAGCUGCACAAAAACUAGACCCUUUUCUAGAAUUGCAGCGUGUUGCAAUGCGUAUUCUUAGUCAAACUUCUGCUUCUUCUGGUUGUGAGAGGAAUUGGAGCUUAUUUGAAAGAAUUCAUACGAAAAGAAGAAACAGAUUGGAACAUAAAAGGCUGAAUGAUUUGGUUUUCACCAAUUAUAAUCUGCGACUGAAGCAUAGGAUUACAUUGAAGAAGAGAAAAAGUUAUGAUCCAAUUGACUAUGAAAACAUUGAUAUGGUGGAUUUUUGGGUCGCUGAAGAAGAUCCCACUCCGGAAUUUAAUGAUAGAGAUGUGGCUUCAUUCGAAAGCGUCCUUAACAAUGAGGGCAUUGCUAAUUCAACAACUCUUGAGAAGGCUAAUGAAGGUGAUGAAGAUAUGGACACUGCUGACCCUCCACCUUUACAAGAUGAUGUUGUUGCUCCUGCUUUUCCUCAUCUAGCUGUUGACAUCUCAGUCCAUGCCAAUGAUCUUAGUGAUGACUUUGAUUUUCCAUAG